UAUCCAAACGGGCCGUAGUGGGUGCCAUGGUUAGAAUCUAGACUGUUGAAGCUGAACCUUUGAACGGCUACGAUUAAUACCAAGUCGCUACGAUUAAUACCAAGUCAAAUUCGUUGACAAGAAAUAAGAUGACUCCCGUUCACUCACGUCGUUCCCCGAGCUUGAAAAUCUACCGAUACAAAUAAUAUACAAACCAGAGAGAUACAAACUUCAUAAGAAGAGACAAUGGCGGCGAUUGUCUUCUUCACCUUAAUUCUUUUGAUUUUCAUUUCAUUAUCUUCUGGAGAUCAAAGCUUCACCUUCAAUGGCUUCCACUCCGGCGAUCUCUUUCUCGACGGCGUUGCCGAAGUAACCUCCAAUGGCCUUUUGAAGCUCACCAACGACUACGACCAACAAAUUGGCCACGCCUUUUACCCAAAUUCCAUUUCCUUCAAAACCCCAUCAAACAGUUCCUCAGUUUCCUCCUUCUCUGCAACUUUCGUCUUCGCCAUAAUCUCAGAAUACGACGAUCUCGGCGGCCAUGGAAUCGCCUUCGUCGUUUCUCCAACGAGCGGUCUCCCCGGAGCUCGGCCGAGCGAAAGCCUCGGUCUAUUCAACGAGUCCAAUAACGGGAACGAAACGAAUCACGUCUUCGCUGUUGAACUCGACACGAUUCAGAAUCUUGAUCUUAGAGACAUCAACAAGAACCAUGUCGGAAUCAACAUAAACGGACUAGUAUCGGAGAAGGCGGAGCGAGCAGGGUAUUGGGUUGACAGCGACUUUAGGAAUUUGACGUUAAUCAGUGGUGAACCCAUGCAAGUUUGGGUUGAAUACGACGGUUUUGAAAAGCAAAUUAACGUUACUUUAGCUCCAAUUGAAAUCAGAGAUAAACCCAAAAUUCCCCUUUUAUCUUACCGGCGCGACUUAUCGUCGGUCAUCAACGAUAUCAUGUACGUCGGAUUCUCAUCGUCGACAGGCUCCAUUACGACGUCGCAUUACGUUUUAGCUUGGAGUUUCAGCGUCAAUGGCGAAGCGCAGAGGCUUGCUCUAUCUCAACUCCCCAAUCUUCCAUCUCGGCCGGGAAAAAAACAGAGACGAUCUAAAUUCUUGACGGUCGGUUUACCGUUGAUUUCUGUUUCAGCAGCUUCAAUGACAGUUUCGGGGGUAAUUUAUUUCAUAUACCGGAGACGAAAAUUCGGAGAGAUUCUAGAGGAUUGGGAGCUGGAAUACGGACCACAAAGAUUCAAAUACAAGGAUUUAUACAGAGCAACAAAGGGAUUCAGGGAAAAGGAAUUUCUGGGAUUUGGUGGAUUCGGUAGAGUUUACAAAGGGGUAUUACCAAAUUCAAAGAUGGAAGUUGCAGUGAAGAAAAUCUCUCAUGAAUCGAGACAGGGGAUGAAGGAAUUCGUGGCGGAGAUAGUGAGUGUAGGGCGGCUCCGACACCGGAACUUGGUGGCGCUGUUGGGGUAUUGCCGGCGGAAAGGGGAGCUGUUUUUGGUGUAUGAUUACAUGAAGAAUGGAAGCUUGGACUCGUAUUUACAUGAGUGGCCAGAAAUUACGAUAAAUUGGGAACAGAGAUUUGAGAUAAUAAAAGGGGUGGCGUCGGGGCUGUUUUAUCUUCAUGAACAGUGCGAGAAAGUGGUGAUUCAUAGAGAUGUGAAGGCGAGUAAUGUGUUGCUUGAUGAUGAAUUUAAUGGAAGAUUGGGGGAUUUUGGUUUGGCUAAAAUGUAUGACCGUGGCGCUGAUCCUCGAACCACCCACGUCGUUGGAACUCUUGGGUAUCUAGCGCCAGAGCACAUAAGAACAGGGAGAGCCACAACAAGAACAGACGUUUAUGCAUUUGGGGCAUUUCUUUUAGAAGUGGCCUGUGGAAGAAGGCCAAUUCACCCUCAAGAAGAUGCCGACGAUUUCAUUUUAAUGGAUUGGGUGUUCUCUUGUUGGAUAAACGGCCACAUUCUCCAAACCGUUGAUCCCAAAUUGGGAGGAAAUUUCGAACCUUCACAGCUUGAAUUGGUUCUCAAGCUUGGCUUGCUCUGUUCCCACUACUCACCCUCAGUUCGCCCCACAAUGCACCAGGUUUUGCAGUAUUUGGAGGCCGCUGCGCCACUGCCGGACCUCUCUUCGCUCCGGUGGCGCCUCUCCGGAAGUGGGUUUUUCAAUUUGAGGCCUCGCAACGGCGAUGACGAUGGGUUGGACGAUUUUACGGUGUCUUAUCCGUUAUCGACGGAAAGGAAUGUGACGAGUUCUUCGUCGGUUGCGGAGUCUAUUCUGUCGGAUGGCCGCUGAUUUUGAAUGCUUUUCUUUUAGGUAGCUUUGGUUGGGAAGACGAUGACUAUUGAGCCGUGUAAUGACGACGUCGUCUAAUUUGUGAGUAAUUAUUAUUUAAUCUUAAGGCUUUCAAAAUUAUUUUUAAAAUAGAAAUUUUAUUGAAAUGUUUUUAAUAUGUUCUCUAUCCGAAUGAUCUUAAGAUACUAAUGUACUGAUGGAUGAAAGGAGGAAAUUAACGCUGGCAAACGAUAAAGAUCGACCAAACGACAAAUUUGAAGACAUUCACGAUGAGAAAGUUAAUAAACACCUUGAAUGAUAAAGAAUGCAAUGUCCAAAAUCCAUUGACUUCUGUCCUUGACGAACUAGAAGAUGUUAAUGAGAUGCCAAGAUCCAGCCCACAUAACAACCUCACUCUUGACCUUAAGGAUUAUAGGUGGUGAAUUUAAUGAAAUCUUAUGGAAUUAUGAAAAUCAUGGUGGUCCUUUUUGAGCCAAUAUGAUUAUGGAAAGAUUCAGAGACGUGAUUGAUGAUUGUGCACUCAAAGACUUGGGUUAUUCUGGCAUGGAUUUCACUUGGUCAAGUUGAUGUGGUAUCAAAAUUUGGAAGACUUGAUCGUUUUCUAUGUAAUGCUACCUUUGAGGAUCUUUUUUCUAAUCUAAAUAUCUUUCAUCUUGAUUUGGCUGGUUCAAUCAUAGACAAAUGUAUGCAACCUGGAAAACACUAGACUAAGAAAAAACAAGAGUAGGAACAUGUCAUUGAAAUUUGAAGAAGCCUAAACCUUACAUGAGGAAUGCAAGGAGAUUAUAUGGUCUUCUUGUAACUGGAACAACGGAAUAUUAACCCAGUCAUCUCUUGAAAGCAAUUUUUCUAUCUGCUCAAAGGUUCUCCGUAAAUGGGGGGAAAUGUUCUGAAUAACAAAAGAAAUAGAAUUUCUAAAUGCAAACGAGAACUUAAGCUGGAACAUGACCACUGUCCUUAUAUUGAUUUCACCAAGUUCAUAGCCUGGAGUUUGAACUUGAUUGAUUGCUUGAAGAGGAUGAAAUUUAUUGGAAGCAAAGAUCAAAGGAGAAUUGGCUUCAAUAGGGAGAUCAAAAUUCUAGAUGGUUUCAUAAAAAAGCUACUAUAAGGAGGAAGCAGAAUG